AUGGUGAUGCUGAGGAACAAUUCAAAAAGAGCAGUGAGCAGCAAACAGCAAAGUUCUAUGGCUGACAACGCUACUUCAUUUCCAAUAUCUCCCACCAAAAAUCAUACAAACCCACCCAUUUCUCCAAGAAUUUUCAAUGGAUUUCUGACCAGAAGCCUAUCUGAUGUAGUUGAAGCUGGAAUUAAUAGCCCAAAAUCCAUUCUUGAUGGCAAACAAAUGUUCAAUCUUGGCAACCCUUUUGGCUAUGACAGAAACUGUGCAAAUUCAAUCACUAAUUAUCAAUUGGAAUCAGAAGGUAUUAAACUUGCUCUUCUUUUGGAUCCUAUUGAGAAUGAGGAAAUGGUUCUGUUUGGAACAGAGCUUAAAGUUCAAAGUCCUGCUUCCCCUACUGAUUUUGGUAUCAAGACUCGGGAUUCUCAACUCUUAGCUUCUUCAUUCACUGCAUUAAAAGAAUUAGAAAAAGAUUCUUCUUGUAGGAGGGCUGUUGCAGAUGUUUAA